AUGGCAGCCGUGGCAGCGAAAAAAGAGGAAGGGAGACGAGCGAAGGUGCCGCCGAGGGACACGCUGACAGAUCAGCAGAGGAAGGAGAUUGAAGAAGCAUUCGACAUCCUCGAUACUGAAGGAACAGGAUCUAUUGAUGCUGGUGACCUGCUGGUUGCACUCCGAGCCCUGGGAUUCGAACCAAGAAAGGACGAGGUCAAGAAGCUGAUGUCGGACUACGAUAAGGAGAACACGGGCUCGAUAUCGAAACAGCAGUUCGUCGAGAUAUUCAGAGCGAAAUGGGGUGAGACGGAUCCUCCAGAGCUCUUGAGCACCGCCUUCAAGCUGUACGACAUGGAGGGGGCAGGGAGCAUAACCCUGGAGAAUCUUGCUGAGAUUACCGAGCUCAUCGGAGAAAAUGCGUCGGAGGAGGCGUUGCAGGAGAUGAUGAACGAGGCGGCUGGGGUGAAGCCGGGAGGGGAGGACGCGUUUGAGAUCAACGAGGAGCAGUUCAUGAAGAUCCUUAUCAAGCAGACCGAGAAAGUUUCGUUGUAGAUGAGUUGUGGGUUUGUAAACUAUUCGAUUCCAUUG